CUAAAAUGACACGAAUCUAAUCAGGCACCUGAUUCCGCUGCUGGGGACGUUUUGCAGCAGUUCAAAUAGAUGGAGGGAAGAGGCCUUGAGAAUCAUUUCAAUCCGUCUGAGAUUAAAUGUUUGGAGAUCAUCCCAACGCUGCCAAUGUGGAUCAUUGAAUAUGCCUGGGCUCACAGAAUGAUGGACACACUGGAUGGUCUGGACCCCAGCAGAUGGCCAGAGGAUGACCUACAAUCUGUCACACUAGAUGAGCCAUGGAGGUUACGGGUGGCAGCUGCCCAGGCGUAUUCUAUAAUGAAGACAAGAGACAUCAAGAGCUUUGAGAGGGUGAUGGAGUUCAUGGAUGUCACCUAUACACUGCUGCCACGACUGGUAGCCCCUAUCAAACACAUGAAAAUCAUGUUUGGCCUCAAGACCAAGAUAAUUAUGUGGAUGCUUCGGGAAGACCAAGGUAUUGUCAACACUGUUUUGAAGAUCAUUAAGUUUUUUCCAAGUAGACUACCUCAGUACCAUGAAUGUAGCCGACAAGAGAUGCACCUAAUGAGGAAGAACCACCAGGAUUUUAAGGCUUUGGCCCAGACUCUUGCAAUGGACAUGUCCAUGCGCAACUCUUAUAUCAAGGAUUUGAUGGAGGACCAAUAUGGAGAAUGCUAUGCCCAGAAACUGGAGGACAGGUUGCUGCAUUACCUUCAUGUACUGGAGUCGACGCUGCAGAGUGAUACAUAUUUUGACCAGCUGUUGAAGCAGGAGGGUCCAAUGGCAUACGAAGAGGAGUUACUAUUGCCGUUAAUUACCUGUGACUCCACCUCCCUUGCUGCGUCCUUGAAGAGGCUAUUCCACUCUGACGAGUCUUCUUCAAGAUGCCAUCCCAGCCACGGAGCCAAUAAGGUACCAGCACAGGAGAGGGGAAUAGGCUGGGAGCUGGAGGGUCCUGGGACCUCGAAAGUUGCGCUAAGGUCGCCCAAGGAGAGAACACACAAAGACGGGCAGUCACAGCUUGACAGGACAAGUCUCUACGCAUUCCAGGGUAUCUGUCAAGAUAACCGAGAGGAGAGAUCCAACUCAUUGGGGUUGGGUCCACACCAUGCUUGUGCAGCUGAGCAAAGUUUAGAGCCACAGGCGCUUAUCGUGGAGCUGGGGGUGGAUCUGUCCAAAGACAGUCCACUCCUCCUGGAGGAGGAAGUCUCUGAUGGGGAGGAGGGGAGCCGAGGCAGGACGGAGGUGGAGGACAGGCAGAACAAUGAUGAGGUGCCUGAGGCCUCCCCACUGCAGCUGUGCUCUAAACACCAGAAAUGGGUGAGGAGCAUUCUGCAGGAGUGCUCUGAGGAACUGCUGUGUGAAAAGAGUGAUACCCCAGUGCACUGUCAGGGGUCCUCUUCCAACUCAUCACAGGACUUGACCCCAUCCCUCCUCACCCUUUGUCAACCCCAACAUCUAACUCUGGCCACACAGAACCCUUCCCCUCCUCAAACAGUGGCUGUAUCCCAACCUACGGCCCUCGAUGACAGAGGCCAUUCUGAACAGGCUGGAGAACCAGCAGACAGCCCAGAGGCCAGUAGAACACAUAGGGUCAAGCUGAGACUGUCUAUGGAGAGUCAGGCUCUUCUGCUUAUGUCAAAGUUUCUACAGCCAUUUGUACGGCUCCGAAAACUGACCCAGCAGGAGUGUAGCAUGGCUGCAGAGCUAAGAGGGACCAAGACCCCUGAGGAGGAAGACAAUGAUAAUGGUGAAGAGGAUGAUGAAGAACAUGUGGAAAAAACUCCAGUGUAUUCUUAUUAUGAUUUAAACACACUCUAUUCUAGUUUUGAAUCAAGCUCUGAUGAAGAUCCUGAAACACAGGAUUCAGAUCCUGACUAUGUUCCUGGAUGUGGAAAGAGAAUGUACAACCAAAGUGUGUGAUGGAGGAAGAAGCAUGAUCCUGGUGUUGACAAUGAGGUAUGGGAUUAGAUUGAGGUAUCAGGGUGGUGUCCACCAUUUGCCAUGGUGAAAUGUAUAGCUGAGGUUAAACAAACUGCUACAUAAUUAUUUAGCAUCAAAAUUCAGGUUACAUUUCAGUAAAACAGUAUUCAAUAUGCCCAGUUCAACCAGGUGUAAUGUUGGUAUAAUAACCUUUUACAUACCAUAAUACACAGCACCAGUUUCUUACUGACCUAGGUUCUUGGGCUGUGACAAUACCAGUAUCUCUAUUUUUCCAUGGCAAAAAUGAAAAUACGAGGCACACCAAACUCUGUAAAAUAUUGUGUGAUAUAGCUUGGAAAAUAAACAUGACUGGAUGACAUGGGGAUUUUUUUAUUUCCAACAUUAGGGAUAUUUUUUCCUAAAAAGUUAAAUUAUUUUUGUGGAUUGUUUCCUAGCCAUGAUAUUAUACUGGUAUCGUCCCCAAUAUUUUAUGCUGUGUCAUGUUGAUUCAGAGGGGUCUGUUUGAUGGUGUGACAUGGGUUAAAUAUUACUCAGAUAUUCUGAGUGGACUGCUACUGUCCAUAACAUGCAACCAAAAUCCGCGGACCAGUCAUUGUGCACCUCCUUUUGUUGACAAAUCAAUGAUGAUGACGUCAUUGGGAAUUGCGUACAUCACUGUACAAAUGGAAAAGCUGUGAAUCAUUCCUGGCUGUGUGUCAUAGGCAGCUCAUCUUGUGAAGUGAGGGUUCAGGGUCAUCGUGCUGUCAGUGUAAGCCACCUAUGCAUUUGUGCUUACACACUACCUUUGUUAGUUAAUCCAUAUAUUAGUUAGUCCACAGCAAUUUUGGGGUAGGUCAAGUGAGGACACAGAUUCAGGGUAUGUGGGCCAAUGAGAAGACAGAUGUUAGAAGACUCAGCAACAUAUUCAUAGGAUGGUAUGCAUGGGAAGAUAGCAGAGGGCUUCCAUAGAGAGAGAAGAUGCCAGGGAUUCUUCUUUACCCAGAAGAGGGUCAUACAUAUUAUUAACACCUCAUCAUUAAGAGACAUGUGAAUCAUGAUGUAGCAGUCUGUGUUUACUUCAGUUUUAAAAUCAUGUUUGGGAAAUGGAUCGGUGAGCAGCAAGGUGUUGAGGUAAAUUACGGUUGUUGUGAAGUGAGUAGGUACUUGACUCACAUACAAUUACGAGUCACUUUUAGGUAGGUGAGCUUGAGUUCCGUGACAUGUUUUAUUUAUUUAUUAAGAAUGUAUAUGUGGACAGGUACGUGGUCAACAGAGGGACAUGGAGUGACAGGGUCUUUAACUGUCUCAACCCCAUCAUGCCUGCUGGCGGAUAGGGCACAGGGUCCUUAGCCAGAUGAUAAGGGGAUAGUGGGGUACAAAGUUCCAGGGGAUUUUUGUGUGUGUUGGACCACAGCAUAAGGUUUUAUUAGGAUGUGUAUUUAUUUAUCUACAUUCUUCUGUAAAUUUUUCAGGACACCGUGGCUGUACCAAUAUUGCAUAAUGAGUUGUUGAGUCUCUGUUCACUGAGUUACCCAUCAUGAGAGUAAACAACCCCAGAGUGAAGCAGAAGUUAUACUGUUGGCUACCUGUUACAUUACUGUGUUCAAUAAACUAUUUGUGUGAAAUUACA